UUGUCCUCACAUCUCUUACAAUUAAGACACUAAUUACCAUCAUCUCAUUCCUAUAAGGCAACAAAUUACAAAUUAAAAUGGCUGAUGAAAAAAAGUUAGUCCGUUUUGGCAUCCUAGGAUGUGCCAACAUCUCCAUCAAGCUAUGCAAAGCCAUAAGCAAAGCACCAAACGCCACACUCCAUGCCCUAGGCAGCCGGUCCGUCGAGAAGGCGGCGGCGUUUGCGGCCGAGCAAGGCCUGCCCACGGCGGUUAGGGUUUACGGGAGCUACGAGGCCGUGUUGGAUGACGAGGAGGUGGACGCCGUGUACGUCCCUCUUCCGACGGCUUUGCACGUGACGUGGGCGGUGAGGGCGGCGGAGAGGCGGAAGCACGUGCUGCUGGAGAAGCCGGCGGCGAUGAACGCGGCGGAGCUGGACCGGAUUCUUGAGGCGUGCGAGGCUCAUGGGGUGCAGUUCAUGGAUGGCACCAUGUGGGUGCACCACCCUCGAACGGCUAAAAUGAAGGAGGCUUUGUCUGAUGCUCAGCGUUUUGGUCAACUCAAAUGGAUACACACUUCCCUCACAUACAACCCUGGUCCUGAAUUUCUGAAAAACAGCAUUCGGGUGAAGCCAGAUUUAGAUGGUCUCGGUGCCCUAGGUGACACUGGUUGGUAUUGCAUCAGAGCAAUCUUAUGGGCAGUGGAUUAUGAACUUCCAAAAUCAGUGCUUGCAUUCCCAGGUGCCAUUCUCAACGAAGAAGGUGUAAUAAUCUCUUGUGGCUCUUCCAUGCACUGGGAAGAUGGAAAAUCUGCAACCUUUCACUGUUCUUUCUUAUCCUAUGUCACCUUUGAUGCAACAUUUUUGGGCACAAAAGGGUCUAUUCGCCUCAAUGAUUUUGUUCUUCCGUUUGAAGAAAGUUUAGGGUAUGGAACCUUUUUGGAGUCCUCAGAGUUGGAUUAUGGGAAGAUUGAGCCAGGAAUGUGGUGCCCUAAGCCAAAUGAACAUGUUGUGGAAACGGAGUUUUCUCAAGAUGUUUGCAUGGUUAAGGAGUUUGCUGAUUUGGUUAUUAAGGUUAAGGGGUGUGAAACGAAGCCUGAGAAAAUUUGGCCAAUUUUGAGUAGAAAGACUCAAGUGGUGUUGGAUGCAGUGAAAGAGUCCAUUCAGAGAGGUUACCAACCAGUUGAAAUCGUGAGUUAGUUUUUUUUUUUCUCCCCAUCAAUUGUGAAUUAGAUGGAGCAUGUAUUUUUGUACAUGUUUUCUAUAUGUACAAAGAUGAAAAUUACAUGAAAUGGUCUGUAAAAUGCAAGUCGAUUAAUUGUUGAAAUUAAUUUAUGUUAAUUAUUGGCAAUUCUCGGCAUUUAUGUAGUGGGAAUUUGGGGGCCAAGUUUUUCUGUGGAAGUUGUAAAAUUAUUUUUGAUACAUGCAUGUAAUCCUAAGGAGUUAGAUUUGUGGUGAUGAAAAUAAAAUUAUUUAUCUUAGCUUUU